GGACGCUGGGGCCACAUCAGGCCGGGGCUGGAUGCGGCGCCCGCUUGGCGCGGGUGGACGGCGGAGGCCGGGACCGACUUGGGUCUGGAUCGGACGUCCAGCGAGACGUCGGAGACCUGGAGGUCGGAUGGCUGGCGAGCCGUCGGCGGAGCCGCUGGGGACUGCGACAGGCGCGACCGGGGAGACGAGAAGUAUAUCCCCAAGUGGGAUGGCAAGUCUGUGCCACUCCGCACCUACGAGCGCCAGAUGAGGCUCAAACGGGAUGCCGAGGCAAAGACGGAAAAUAUCCACCCCGAGGCCCUCGCGGUGCCCGACGGCGCCCAGGUGCUCUUGCGCUACCUGCACACCAAGUACGACCAGCAAGAAACGCGGAAGGUCGGCACGCUGGUGGAUGAGUUCGCGGAGAAGCCCGCGCGCAACGUCGGCGAGCUGGCGCUGGACUUCGAGACGCGCUACGAGACAAAGAUCCGCGAGCUGGAGGAGGCCAUGGACGAGCCUCUGAACAAGCACCUGAUGGCGCAGUACUUCUUGAAGAAGUUGCGUGUGGAAGGCGACGAGGAGAGCCAAAUCAUCACGGGCGCCGGCAACGAGCUGGUCUACGAGAAGUUGCCGGACUCCGCCAAGGCACGCCGGCCCCGCGCGUCGACGCCGAGAAAGACGUCGACCCUGCAGCCGAGCGCGGGCGGCGGAGGCGGAGCUCACCGGGAGCACCUGAACCGGAACCGUCGACGGCGAGGUCGCGGCGGGGGUCGCGCCGCACACGCGGCGCGCGGCGGCCAGAAGGAUGACCCUGACAAAGCCGCCGACGACGACGGCGAGUGGCCCGAAGACGCAGAGCGCGACGAGGAGAUGGACUCCGAGGGCGAUCUGGGAGCGGAAAAGGCGGCUGAGCACGAACAUGUUCUCGAGGAGUUGCUGGCCUUCUUGACGGACAUCACGGCGACGGUGACCCAUGCGAAGAAGGCCCGCGCCGAGGCGGAGAAGACGCGCGAGUUCUACCGCGGCGGCACGAAGGGAGGCAGCGCUGCAAACGCUGAGCGA